AUGGAGGAGGUGCGCCCCGACCGAUGCUUCCUUGGGAUAGGCAUCGACCAGUACCCGGAGGCCUCGCUUCAGACUCCCGUGGGCUCCGCAAAUGCCGUGAGCGGAGCCUUCCAGAGGCUGGGGUACAAAGUCGCGCAGGGCUUCAACAUCCGAAGCCGUGGCGAAUGGAAGGAGAAGGUGGAGGAGUUGAACGGCAAUGUUGACUGUACCACGUCCGUCGUUGCCUUCUACUUUGGUGGGCAUGGAGUGGUGACCAAGGACAAGACCUUACGGCUCCUGUUCACGAGCCACUCAGCAAGCAUCCCAGAAGGCAGCAUGGAUCCCGGUGAUGAUGUCAGCAUCUCCAUGUACGACCUGAUCAAGCAGUUGAUGGACUUGCCGACGGCCGAGGAUGCCUUUGUGCUCAUUCUGCUGGACAACUGUCGCACAGAGACCAGUGCAAGUUGGCAUGAGAGCUGUGGCAGUGCAGGGCAACACAAGUUCAGCCGCAGCUUUACCGUGAUCUACGCCACGGCUCCCGGCAAGUGGGCGCUUGACGGCAAUGGCUCGCAGAUCAGUCCUUUCUCCUACAGCCUGCAGAGGCGGCUGCCGGAAGGGCAGACGUUGGCAGACACCUACAACCUUGUCUUCAAGGAUGUGGCGUCCUACUCAAAGAACCUGCACUACAUGAAGCAGCUGGUUCAGACCUUCACUUGCGGGAAAUCCGAUGAGGGCGUCUUCCAAGCGCUUGUCGGCCCGGGCACGUCCUUGUGUUCCAGCACAGUUUUGCCGUCCGGCUCCGAGGAAGCUUCUGUUGAUAGCAGGCCGCUGCAACCACACGUGAGGCGCUGGUGCUGCGCACUUCUGCUGGUCUUCUUCUUUCUGAUCCUGGCGAUCUUUCUCGGCGUUUACCUUUCCAUGUCAAGCCUCCAAAGUCGCGAUUGCGUCCUCAGCGGCUGGAUGGAUGACGGGCCCUGCAGCCAGUCCUGCGGCGGCGGGGUGAUGACACAGCGCCGGUCGGUGAUAACGAGCCCUGCACGGGGUGGACGCUGUCCCGAUGCAUCCGGGCCCGAGAGGCAGAGGCAGGUGAGUUGCGGAGUCCUGGCUUGCCCCUGGGACUGCUGUUUCGACGAGGUCUGCCCUGUGCAGUGUGACCUGCAGUGCGGCGCAUGGACAUGCAAACCCUUCCUGAACAUCACCCAAUGUGAGUAUGCCUGGGGAUUCUCAUCAAUACAAGCUGAUGCCACCGUCGUAGGUCGACCUGUGACUUGGACGGUGUUCAACUACCGCAUUCAUCACUCCGGCAUCAGCUUGCGCGAUCAUAAGUUGGGUGAGACUUUCACGCAUCGCUUGAAUUAUUCACUUCCACGCCCCACAGGCACCGCAUUUUGUCAAUGCCUGUGA